AGAAAGAGAAAGCAGGCUGUCUGCCUUAGGACGACUGCAGCUGCACUAAAUCUCUUGGCUGUCACGGCCAGCACUCACCGGAGGAGAGAGGAAAGAGGAGAUAGAAGAGAGAGGAGAGUGAUUUCACUAAGGACUUCAUUGGUACGGUAUCUGGGACCAAUAAGCGAUGGGUACCCAACUAGACCGUCUGUCACCAGAUCAAACUUAAAAGGACAACUGGAGGAAAAGAAAAGUUCCUUUGAAUCAUCCAUCAUCCUAUCUAUCUUCUCCAGAAAAAGCAUUAGAUUCUACCUUUCUGUUUCCUUGAGUAAAGUGAAGGAGAAGAGAGACAGUGCAGGAUAACCCUGUGACUGUGUGACUGUCUGCUUCCUAAAAGAUGAACCAACGAUACAGUAGGAGGAGGAUUUCUGACUGACUGACUCUUUGCCCUUUGCUCUCCACUGUCCUGUCCUGUCGGAGCACCCCCCCUCUGCAUACACUCCUACUGCUCGGCGGGACAACACACUCAUGGUGGAUGCUAAGGGCCGGAACAUGAAAUGUCUGACCUUCCUCUUGAUGCUCCCAGAGUCCGUCAGAAGCAAAGUCACCGAGCUCUAAGAGCUCCAAAAAGAAGUAAACAGCGGCAGCCGCUGCGGGGGCAGUACCCGGGUCCAAGCUGCCUCCGGUGUGUUAUGAGAUCAUUACCCUAAAGAAGAAAAAGAAGAUGGCAGAUAUUUUCCCUAGCACUAGAAGCAGGGUGAAGGAUCGUCCACCACCACAGUGCUGAGUUCAACAACAGAACCUGAAUACAACAAUACCAUUCAGAACUGUAACUGGCAGGGGCUGUACUCUACUAACGAGAGAGAAAUUCUGUGAUGUUCAACAAUGAGUUGAUGGCCGAUGUUCACUUCGUGGUGGGACAGACAGGAGGGACUCAGAGACUUCCAGGACACAGGUAUGUUCUCGCUGUUGGCAGUUCGGUGUUCCAUGCCAUGUUUUAUGGAGAGCUUGCGGAAAACAAGGAUGAAAUCCGGAUUCCGGACAUGGAGCCUGCAGCAUUCCUGGCAAUGUUGAAGUACAUCUACUGUGAUGAGAUAGACCUGAGUGCUGACACAGUGCUGGCCACGCUCUACACUGCUAAGAAGUACAUCGUGCCCCACCUGGCCAGAGCCUGUGUUAACUUCCUGGAGACCAGCCUUUCGGCCAAGAACGUCUGCGUCCUGCUGUCACAGAGCUGUCUGUUUGAGGAGCCGAAGUUGACGCAGCGCUGCUGGGAGGUGAUUGAUGCCCAGGCAGAGCUGGCCCUGCGGUCGGAGGGUUUCACUGACAUCGACUCCCAGACACUAGAGAGUAUCCUCCAGAGAGAGACCCUCAACGCCAAGGAGGAGGUGGUGUUUGAGGCAGCUCUGAGCUGGGCUGAGGCAGAGUGUCAGAGACAGGACCUCACCACCUCCAUCGACAACAAACGCAAGGUGCUGGGCAAGGCCGUAUUCCUCAUUCGCAUCCCCACCAUGACAUUGGACGACUUUGCCAAUGGAGCCGCUCAAUCAGGCGUCCUGACCCUGAACGAAACCAACAACAUCUUCCUGUGGUACACCGCAGCCAAGAAACCGGACCUCCAGUUCGCCAGCCAACCACGGAAGGGCCUGUCUCCUCAGCAAUGCCACCGUUUCCAGUCCUGUGCCUACCGGAGCAACCAGUGGCGCUACCGGGGACGCUGUGACAGCAUUCAGUUCACCGUGGACAAACGCAUCUUCAUCGCCGGGUUCGGCCUCUACGGUUCCAGCUGCGGAUCGGCGGAAUACUCGGCUAAGAUUGAGCUCAAACGCCAGGGCCUUCUCCUCGGACAGAACCUGAGUAAAUACUUCUCUGAUGGUUCUAGCAACACGUUCCCCGUGUGGUUUGAGUACCCCGUGCAGAUAGAACCGGAUAUGUUCUACACGGCCAGCGUGGUGCUGGAUGGGACCGAGUUGAGUUACUUUGGACAGGAAGGCAUGACGGAGGUGCAGUGUGGGAAGGUGACCUUUCAGUUCCAGUGUUCGUCAGACAGUACUAACGGAACCGGAGUCCAAGGGGGACAGAUACCUGAACUCAUCUUCUACACAUAAAGAAACCUAAUGCCUAAUGUGUACCUUCUUUGACCAUCCACAUGUCUGGUUCCGCGUCCUCUCACCUCCUCGGAAAAGUGAACAUGUGCGGACGGGAGCGGAACGUUCAAUAUUGCAACAUUUUGUUUGAGUGGCCUUAGCUCACGUGCGGAAGAGGAAGGUAGGAAUUAUGGAGCAUACCAUUAGUUUGGCAGUAAAUUGACCUAGUGGCCUCAUGGGUGGAAUGUAAUUCAUAUUUUUCAUAAUUGCAUAAUUAAUUAACAUU